UUAUGCCACCAUCCUCAACAAAAUCCCGGAAGGCGUCUUCUACAGGUUCCAGCUGUGCUCAGUGAAUGGGGUGCCGCUAAUGAAACCCAUCGCGGAACAAUGGGAAGGUGUGGAAAAUUUCCAAGCCAGGCCAGACGAUCUGCUUGUAGCAACUUAUCCCAAAGCAGGCACCACAUGGAUGCAAGAGAUCGUGGACUCCAUAAUGAACGAUGGCGAGUUAGAGAAGAACAAGCGCGCUCCCACCCAUGUACGUUCUCCGUUUCUGGAGAUCUGCUCUCUUUUUUUUCCAGGUGUGGAUAUCCUGAACAAUACUCCGUCUCCCCGGCUGGUGAAAACCCAUCUGCCCUACGAGCUGGUGCCCAAAUCUUUUUGGGAGCAGAAGUGUAAGACAAUUUACGUUGCUCGGAACGCAAAGGACAACGCGGUGUCGUAUUAUUUCUUCGACCUCAUGAACAAGUGUCAGCCUGAACCCGGGACCUGGGAUCAGUACGUGGAGAAGUUCCUGAAGGGUGAAGUGGCCUGGGGAAACUGGUUUGAUCAUGUGAUCGGCUGGUGGAACGCCAAAGACAAGCACGAAAUCCUCUACAUGUUUUAUGAAGAUAUGAAGGAGAACCCAAAACAAGAGAUACGAAAGGUGAUGAAGUUCCUGGGGAAGAACCUCUCAGAAGAAGCGUUGGAUAACAUCUGCCACCACACCUCCUUCAAAGCCAUGAAGGAGAACCCAAUGGCCAAUUAUUCCACCGUUCCAAAUAUAGUGCUAGACCAGACCGUCUCGUCCUUCAUGAGGAAAGGCGAAGUUGCAGACUGGAUGAAUUAUUUUACAGAAUCCCAAAAUAAAAUGUUCAACGCGGAAUAUGAAAAGAGGAUGAAAGUAACCGACCUCAAAUUCCGUACCAACAUCUGA